AUGUCAAAGAAAGUUAAAAUCUCUGUUGCACCAAAACUGAAUAAGAAAAAGAAAUCGACUAAAAAGAGACAAAAGUCACCACCAAAGAAGCAGGGAUUUGUAUUAUCACCGUACGUUCCACCCGAGAAAAAGAAAAACGUUGAGAAAAUUGAAGUAACGAAAAUAACGCCAGAAAAAUUUCAACAAGUGGUUAACACUGUAGCAAGGUGUGAAAAUUGGAAUGAUACAAAACUUGUUCUUGAAGAUAUGAAACGAUACUAUCUUUCGUAUUCAGAAAUAGCACAACUAUUACAUAGAAUACCCUCAGUAGCUGAGAGAAUUAAAGCAGGCGCUAUAUUACAGAAAAGUUUGAAAGAUGUUCAGACAAAUUAUUUUCUAUUUAUACAAAGCUUUGCAUCAAAGCAGGAGAGGGAUGGCCUUGAGCAAAUAUACUCGAUAGAACAAAAAGAAGAUACAUUUUCAUAA